AUGGCUCUUCCAUUCACAACCCAGCGGCCACCGGUGCCAUCCAGGUUUUUGAAACUGCAGUCUCUGAUUGAGUCGGAGUUUCGUAGUUCGUCUUUACAGUUCUACAUGAACGGGGAGGAGAUUGUGCUGAACAAUCCCAAUCCUGAAUGGACACUUCUGGACUUCAUCAGAUCCCGCCAUGGAUUCAAAGGCACCAAACUGGGAUGUGGUGAAGGUGGUUGUGGAGCUUGCACAGUCGUGUUACAGAGCGUGGAUUCCCACGACGUGAAGAAGUUGAAACAUGUUGCCGUCAAUGCUUGCUUGUUCCCUUUGAUCGGAGGUGAGAAAACUCAGGAUGAAGAGGCAUCCACAUUAGCUUCUAAACGUUGUGACUAG